AUGGGACGAUACUGUUCUGUACCACAGGUCGCGGAGAGCAUCCCGCGAAUCUCUGGGCCAAAGCGCGCUGAUGUACCAGGUGGUUCCUGCAAAGGGUUUUACUUGAACCCUUGGCAUUUGUCCUUUGCAGAGAAUGCCAAAUAUGGACGGUUCCCUCCCAACGUGCAGCUCCGUGCCCACAUGGGAAGCUUUUUGUCCAGAGGGUAUGAAACAGAAAGGGAGCCCUUGGAGGUUCGCUUUGAUCAGGGUGAGAACACCCCCAUCGAGUACUUCACGGUCAAAUACGUUGAUGGUCACACAAAAGGUUUGAUUGUUCAGUCCAUCUUCGCUUUGUUGGACUAUUGCGGCAUCGAUCCUGCAGAACUUGGGGAAGAUCUGCACAUGUGCAAGGUUGUCGCCACCCUGAAGUACUUGAGGGCAAACUAUUCAGCCCAAGAUUCCCCAGAGCGCUUCCUCUAUGAAGCACUGAGCUUGGCAAAUCGUACUUCCGACAAGCAAAGACCGGGACCUCUUGACUUGACACUGCUAUUCAAAGAAAUCGUUCGCCUGAAGAAAAUAUCCAGUCCAACGAGCAGUACUAGAGAUCUCUUGAUGAAAGCAGUUCAGGAGUACAACAAAUCCAUCUCCAACAGGAACUGGAGGGUCAAAGAUGAAGUGAAGAAACUUGUGUACAAUCUUAUCCGUUGCCCAGUGGAUGUGUUGGAUCUCCUCAAGAGGACCUGUGACAAGUACCGGUGGGAACAGUCGGCUUUCACUCUAGAGAACCUUGAGGGUGACUACUACAUUCCUGGCCACGUGAUUGGCAACGUCCAGUCACAGCCAUGGAGGGAAUACAAG